GGUGUGGUAAAAAGAAGGGGAAACCAACAUAAAUGGAAUUGCUGCAACCUAUGUGUAGUACAUGUCAAUCUUUUCUGCCACAGAGAGCAUCCCAAUCAUCAAUUAUCCUACACGAAUUAGUGAAUUUUGGUCUUCUGUUAUAAGACCAAGUCAGUAACAUGACGAUACAAGGGAUUGUCAUUUUAUUGGUAUCAAUAACACAAGUAUUAUCUGCACCAAGUGGAUGUAUAGAAUCUUGUAGCCAUUCUAUCAAACACUUCCAAGUUGGUUCACAAACAUCUGGUAGCAUUCAAAAUCAUGAUUUAACGCAAACUUCAGCGCGUUUAGAAGGACUUGACUAUUCCAAACCUGGAACUUGGUCAGAACACAAUGACUACAAUACGGAUAAUGGAAAUGGGAAAAUACAUGAAGAACGGGGUCAAUAUGUUGAUGGUUCCAAGACGGUAAGAUACUACAAGAAGAAUUAUUCAUCAUCUUACAAUACAGGAUACCCAAGUGGUGCAGAAUUAUCGGAGAUUGAACAGGAAAAUAGACACGGUGUUUAUGUACCUAAUAUGGAAGAGAACAUUAAUUCUCAAAGGACAUAUGAUCAAGUAAGUAAUAUUGGAUCAAUGGCACAACAUAGUGGAACACACAGUGAACACAGAGAAUCAUCGAUCAUAAGAGGCAACGCUCGUAGCGAAAGGCUCGAGGAUCUUGGAGAAUAUGAUACUGGGUCGAAUACUCAAAUCUCUCAAAACCCCUUUUAUACUAAUACACAACCUGGAAAUUGGAGCAAAGUGGAUUCAUAUAGAACUGAUGGAGGACAUGGACGAGUGUUUGAAGAAGAAGGUCAAUACGUAACAGGACCUAAGAAAAUUCGUUAUUACAAGAGGAACUACACUUCCAGUUCUGGCUCAUCCAGUGGUAUUCCUACACUUACGACAAGUAGAAUUGGAGUACACAACUUAGACAGAGAACUAGAAAACUUGCAAAGAGAAAUUGAGCAAAAAUUAAAACAGAUGUCUGCUACAACAAACAUGGCGUCUAGUAAUAUUGCACAAACAAAUAUUAAUAUGCAUGGAUUGACCAGUGAUAGUCUUCAUAAUAUAAACAGUAAUGUUCAUAGAGGUCAUGUCAAUCAUGGAAGCAGUUUAUUUACGACGAAUCAUGAUGAAGAACAAGACUAUAUACAGCGAACAGAUACUGAUAUUGGACCUUAUAAAAGUCCUUCUCAGAAUAUUAAAGAUACAAGAAAUUCUAAUAUGUAUGAAAACCACGAGGUAUACACAACAAACCAGCAACCUACAAUAGGACAUAUUAAUGUACUUAAUACUGGAAGGAGCAGUUACAAUAAAAAUAUAUACAGCGGAGGAAUGACACAACAACAUAGAGAUAAUCUGCAGCAAACAGAACUUUUGGAUAGUCAGCAGAAAAAGUUUGUUGAUGAUAAUUUAAGGCAGAAUACGUACAAUCUAAAUAGCCCAAUAAAUUCAGACACAUUAGGUCGAUUUCCGCAUUACAAAGAACAAUGGAGUUCUUCUAGUCACAUGCAAGAAAUUUCACGACCUCAACAUUUUGCAGAUAUUCCAUACAUUAACGAGCAGAAUGCACAGUACAACAAUAGAUAUAGAGAAAAUAGUUUUCAUUCCGAGCAUCAAUCAAAAUUAGGAAAACUGAUGUCUGGAACAUUGGAUUUAAGUCAAGUAGGAAAUAAUGCAGACUGCACACAUGGAACAAUUGAGCAUGUGCACACCAGCUCUCAACACCAAACAAUGUACAAACGUGAUGCUAAAUCUGAUGAAUCCAGUGAUACACAAGAAUAUCCAACUAAGCAGUUAAGUCAACAACAUCAAGAUUUCAGUGCAGGUGCAAAUGCAGAUAUGGUCCAACAAACAGAUCAAUUCGAUGAUUUUACUCAACAGACUUCUGGAAAACUAGAGUUUGGACAGCAGUCACGAAGUACUUAUCCUCAGAAACCAAGUGGUCAACACUCAGAAGACCUGACACAACAAACAGAUGAUUUCGGAGAUUUCACUCAACAAACGUCUGGAAAACUAGAGUUUGAGCAGCAAUCACAAAAUACUUAUCAUCCUCAGAAACCAAGGAAUGAAAAUCAACACUCAGAAGAUCUGACACAGCAAACAGAUGAUUUUGGAGAUCUCUCUCAACAAACAUCUGGAAAAUUAGAGUUUGGACAGCAGUCACAAAGUACUUAUCAUCCUCAGAAGCCAAGGGAUGAAAAUCAACAUUUAGAAGAUCUGACACAGCAAACAGGUGAUUUUGAAGAUUUUACUCAACAAACUUCUGGGAAGCUUGAGUUUGGACAACAAUCAGAACAUUCCCAUCAUCCACGCAAUCCAAGUACUGGUGAUCAACACUUAGAAGAUUUGACACAACAAACAGAUGAUUUUGGAGAUUUCACUCAACAAACAUCUGGAAAACUAGAGUUUGGACAGCAGUCACAAAGUACUUAUCAUCCUCAAAAACCAAGUGAUGAAAAUCAAUACUCAGGAGAUCUGACACAGCAAACAGGUGAUUUUGAAGAUUUUACUCAACAAGCUUCUGGGAAGCUUGAGUUUGGACAGCAGUCACAAAGUACUUAUCAUCCUCAAAAACCAAGUACUGGUAAUCAACACUCAGAUCUGAGUCAGCAAACAGAUGAUUUUGGAGAUCUCACUCAACAAAUAUCUGGAAAACUAGAAUUUGGACAACAACCACAAAAUAUCUAUCACCCUCAAAAACCAAGUACUGGUAAUCAACACUCAGAUCUGACUCAGCAAACAGAUGAUUUUGGAGAUCUCACUCAACAGACUUCUGGAAAUCUUGAGUUUGAACAAGACUCUCAACAUUCAUACCAGCCAUGGAACCAAGGUGCCAGUCCUCAAUAUCCAGAAGAUUUGACACAACAAACAGAUGAAUGUAAUGAUUUUACUCAACAGACUUCUGGAAAGCUUGAGUUUGGACAACAAUCAGAACAUUCCCAUCACCCACGCAAACCAAGUACUAGUAAUCAACACUCAGAUUUGACUCAGCAAACUGAUGAUUUUGGAGAUCUUACUCAACAAACAACUGGAAAUCUUGACUUUGAACAAGACUCUCAGUAUUCAUACCAGCCAUGGAACCCAAGUACUAGUAAUCAACAGUCAGAAGGUCUGACCCAGCAAACAAGUAAAUUUAGUGGUGGUACUAUAAUGAAUGGUCAAAUUUCAGAAAAUAACGUUCAAAAUACUAAUAAGUUUCCUGAUAUGAGUGGUGCAAAUGAUGUAUAUGGGCAACAAUAUAGCCAACAACAUAACCUAGAAAUUCCUGAAGAGCCUCAAGUAUCUAGUACACCAUUUCCUAAACCAGCAGAAAAACCUAAACCAAGGUCAAGAUAUUCAAGAACUGGAUUCGCAAGAAAUGUUCAAGAUGCACAUAAUACUAACAGUCAACAAACUUCCAAUCCGGAUAGUAGUGAUACAUAUGCUGUGAACAUAGAUAAUACUAAAAAUCAAAGUAGACAUGAUCAAAGUACAAACGAUUUCAUAAAUGUGGGUAGUUCCAGACAUUUAAGUCAACAAGCUGCAGGUAAUGUAUUCAGUGUUGAUGGAGGAAACAUGGAUCAAAGUACCUCGUUACACAAGUCCAAUGAUGCAACUGUAGGGUUACAGUGGCAUUAUACAUAUCACCCAAGCGAUCAAAGAACAUUUGUACAACAAAUAGAGCAAAAGGAUAAGGAGGAUUUACAACAAACAUCAAGCAAUCUAGACUUCCAUCAAUCUGAUCACAAUUUGGAUCAACAGGAAACACAAAAUACAUAUACAUUUGAAGAUGCAUAUCAACAGUCAACUAAUGGAGGUAAUGAAGAUUUACAAUUAUCUCAAAAAUAUCAAGGAGAAUCGGAAAGCAUGCAACAAAGUCACUUAGAAUUUGGCCAACAGACAGUAAGUGAAACUGAUAAUGAACAAAAAUAUGUUCAAACCAGUGAGACUGAACAUCACUUAGAACCAAGAAUUUUGGAAGCUUAUGGAGGUGGACCAUAUGAUAUAUCUCAUGAUGAUGAUAUAUACAGGGGAGUGACAAUAAAUCCUAGUGCUACACUGCCACCAAUUAAUAGUGCUGAUCCAUGGGAUAUUCGAGAGAAGCCUAGAGUAAUGGUAGGAACAGUUAAUGAAGCAACACCUACACCAAUGCCUGUAGAACCUUUAGAUGUAAAUAAUAUAACAACAGAAGCACCAUCUUUUUGGUCAAGAGUUGGUAAUCGAUUAACAAAUACUUUUGAUAAAGCUAAAGAAAAAGCUAGAUCCAUCUUUGGAUAAAUAUAACACUAACUAAUGUUCAUUUGUAAUUGACUUUUUCUUAGUAAUAUAAGGCUUAUUGUGUAAUAUGUAUUUAUCAGUGUCAUAUAACAUGCUGUCAUUUAUUUUGAUUAUUUAAUGAUUUCGAGAAAUUGACAUAGUAUUAUGAAAUGGCACUUUUUUAAAAUUAUUAUACAUUUUACGUUGUUAUUUGAAUAAAGAAAACAUAUAUUUUCUAAA